CUGACGUCAUAUAUUUUUCUCAUAAUAAAAAUAAUACACCGCUUACCUAAUAAUACACAAGGUACCCAUCCCCGCCAUCUUGGAUUUUUUUAAAACUGUCACAUCGCCGUGAAUUUUCGCUUAUAACUCAGCGGUAACAUUUUUCUGCGAUCAUCUCCGCCGUCCGAUCGGUCACUCGAUUUAUUAGCUUACUGCUGAUUCAACCAAAACGGCCCAUAACAUCGUUUAUUAAUAAAAAUAUCUCCUCAUUCUGCAUUUACUGCUGCUGAUUUGCGACAAAAGGCUAAAGGGUGGACGGAAGUUGACAUCUGUAUGUAAAUGGGGAUUCCCUUCUUAAAUCUGAUUGGUUAACAGAUACACUUGCGUGACGUUGAAGUAUUGCGGGAAAAACAGCCAUGUUGAACUACGAACAAUCACAGGCCUUAGAAUUUAUCAAAAGUGGACACAGUUGUGUCGUUUUGGGGCAAGCAGGGACUGGGAAAUCAUAUCUUAUAAAAGAAACGCUCAAGAAACUUAAUAACAAAAACGUUUCUGUUACUGCAAGCACGGGACUUGCAGCCCGACAGUUCACGGGAGCCACAACUAUUCACCAUUGGGCUGGACUAAUGGAUGGGAGAUUUGAAAACCAGCAUCUUUUGCGUAUUAUAAGUGAAGAAAUUCGAAACAGAAUUAAAACGUGUAACGUUUUGAUUAUCGAUGAAAUCAGCAUGAUCAGUCGGAAAGUUUUUGAGCAGCUUGAGUUUAUCUGUAGAUCAGUUAAAGAUUCCAGUCUUUAUUUUGGUGGAUUGCAGGUUGUCUGUGUUGGUGAUUUUUUCCAAUUACCACCAGUUCCAAAUGACAUCUACAGGGAUCCGGGAGAUCACGCAUUUGCUUCAGAUACAUGGAGAAAGACUGUUCCACACAUUAUUACACUCAAAACUGUUAUUCGCCAGAGUGACAAAGACCUGAUCUUAGCCAUCAAUGAAUUAGAACGGGGGGUUCCAAGUCAUCAAACUAACCAGCUGAUGCUUGCACUAGAGAGACCCUUGUCAAGAAACAAUCCAUGUGUUCUCUUUGGAACAAAUUUUGAAGUGGAUUGCUUUAACAUGACAGAACUACACAAAAUGCAAGGAGAAUCAACAAGCUACGUUGCCGAAGAAGAAGGCGAACAAAAAUAUCUCCGCAAGAUGAAUGCAAAUAAGGUUCUUCUUCUUAAAGAAGGUGUUCCAGUAAUGCUGAUUAGGAACCUUUCUGACACUUUAGUCAAUGGUUUACUUGGCACUGUUUUCAAGUUGGAAGAUGAUGGGCCCACUGUGAAGUUUGAAGACAAAAUAAUAAAAUUAAGCAAAGUGACAUUUAGUGUGUAUGACCCUUCUCAAUGUAUUACAGUAGCUGAAAGAAAACAAUAUCCAAUAUGUUUGGCUUUUGCCAUGACUGUCCAUAAAUCUCAGGGAUUAACUUUGCCCUGUGUUAUUGUUGACUGUAAAAACAUAUUCCAGGCAGGUCAGAUAGGUGUUGCUGUUGGACGUUCAACAGACCGUGAAGGACUCUGCAUCAAGAACUACGAUCCCAAAUGCAGCAAGCAGCACCCUCAGGCUGUGAAUGAUUACUGUGCAUCGUCAGGAGCUCCUGCUUUAGAAGAUUUAUCUUGCUGCCGAAAAGUGUUUGAAGAUGACAUAUUUGAAGAGGAAUUCUUUCCUACCUGUGAUAUAUAUGUAGCUGAAAAUUCUGAUGAGUCUGACUUUGAUGAAGAUGACAUUAAAAUGAUGGAAGAGCUAGAAAGGGUUGAGAGCACAAGCACAAAUACAAGUGAUGGUCAAGGUCAUCAACAGGAUACAAGACGUUUGCUCAAUGAAAUGAGGGCUCCAUACCCUUUAUCAGACAAACAGAAGGGACUGAAUGCUGACAUAGAUUAUAUUGAGGGGAAAUUCCAUCUAUUUGUGGAUUUUGUGAAAAUUUUGUCACAAAAGAUAGAAUUAAUGAAGAAUGAGCAUUGUAGUACUUCUCAAACAGUGAAAAAUUUGAAUUCAUUUUAUUCGAGCUAUCAUACCUUUAUGCAGUCUCCGGAAUACAAUGCGUUAUGCAAAUCUCUUUUUCAAAGUCGAAAUGUUAAUUACUUACUCUGUGGAAGUAUUGCUACAGCUGUUCGAAAGAACAUCAUUACAUCACAGACACCUAAAGAGUCAGACCAGCUCAAAACAUCUUGUGAUAUAUGUAUAUCUGACUUUGCACAUGGCAAAAUACGUUAUGUUGGGGGUCGUGCUGUGGCAAAAGUGAAGUAUCAUAAUACUAACUUGGUGCGAAAUGACUUGAGAAAUUUUGGGCAAAUCUACAACCAACAAGCAAAAGUUAAAGUUUCAUUGCUUCAAACCACUAUUGUUUCUCAAGCUGAUGUUGAAUGCUCUAAGUAUUCUCGCAGUAUAAUUGAUGUCAAAAGAAAACAAAAUUUGUCAUGUGGCCUUACAAACAUAUCAGACAAUACAUUUGAAUUUUUCUUGGAAUUAGAGAAAAUUCGAAUUCCUUUAUAUAGUGAAGAUCAACUUAGGAUUCAUGGACAGAACAUGCUGCAGCAUAUUCACUCGACAGUACUUAAGAACGAAAAAUUGUUCAGUUUAUGGACUAGUUUAUUUUCUAAACUGCAGACCAGUAUGUUUACUUUAGAUUCAGAUUCAGAUGAUUGUUCUUUGAUAGUGUCUGACAUGAUAGAUGGAGCUUCAGCAAUAGUCUGUUUAUUUGAAGACAUUGUGCAAUCCUACUUGAGAGUCACAGACUCCGAAUACCGGAAAAAACUUUUAGAAGAUAUCGGACAAAAGAAAUCUAUGGAGCUUAGAAAAAAGGUUUUAACAAAAGGAAAAGCUCAAACCUCCACAACAAAUACGGACAUUUCCAUUGAUGCUUUGCUUAAAACUACAUGUUCAAACAGAGAAGCGUAUCAUUUAAAACUUAAGGCCGCUUUACUUGAAAAUUCAGGAAUACUAAAUAUAUUUAAGAAGAAAGAACUGUUAAUUUUGGGAAAGUUUUACAACACUAAGCUAAAGCAAUCUGACAAGAAGGAAGUUCAGUGUGAUAUUUUAAGGAAUGCUAUUUUGAAAUCUGAGAAGAUGCCAAAUCCAGAUGUUGAGUUGAGUCUCUGAGGUCCUCAGUUAUUGUCAAUCUUAGUAAGAUUAUUGCACAGCUGUUUGAACGGAAGGGCUGAUCCUCCAUGGGUGUUUGAUUUCCUUCUUGCAGCAUUUGAUUUUUUGGAAACUAAAUUCUGGCAAAGGGUAAUGCUAUUUGUUGCAGUACAGUAUUGCUGAUAAUUUGGAUUGCUCCCAGCACCGUGAUGGAGCCCCCUUUGCUGAGAAAAUAUAUUUUCCACAAUAUCGCUGUUGAUGAAUCCAGGGAAAGAAGAGAAGGGCACUUGAAAGAUGUUCAAGGCGUUCAUCCUUCAGGUCUGCAAUGGGACGUCGAUCAUGAAAUAUGGCAAUCAAACGACUAGUCUGCUCCAGUAAUUUGAUGGGCCCAUCACAGAGGGAAGCUGCGGAGGAAUUUUCACACAAACUUUCCUUGAACUGUUUCAUGAGAUGCAGCAUAUCUGAAUUGAGACAUUCCUCAGCAAGGUGAUUUCUCAUCUUCUCAGCCUGGUUUGGAUGAAGAUGUUGAGAGGUGUGAUGGGUCUGCAAUGAAGACUACUGGAUGGGCAUCACAGAAUGGAUUAAAGCCAGCCAUGUCAGAUGAUGGUGAUGGAAAAUGCAUAUUUAUGAAAGAUCUGUUGUUAGAUGCGCCAUCUAAAGAGUUGGGGUGUUCAGAAUACUGUUGAUGGCUGAAGAUGGUGGAGGAAGAGACGGAGGAGGAGGAGGUGGAAAUGGUGGUUUUUCUAUGGGCAGUUCUGGUUCAUCAGAAUCCUUGUGUCGCAUACUUUUACAGUGAUGACAUGUGAUGGUUUCCCUUUUAGAAUUCAAUGGCAACACUUUGAUGCACUGUGGAGAGUAUGCAGUACAGUUAUGAUAUCUGAAUAGACCCAUCCUCAUGGAUCAUCACCUCCAUCAAGACUUUGAAACCAUUGCAAAUCAGCGAGGUGUCUCUUCCAUAGACAGCUGAGGUGGAUGAACUCCGUAUUAGGAAAAAAUCCUCCGGAAUGUACUUUGAAAUGCUCUGCAAGUUUGCAGGAAUAAGAACACAAGAACGGGUAGCCAUUCCCUUGUAAACGUGCAGUCUUUGUGACCAGUUGCCCUUUUGACGUAUUCUUUCUUUUUUUACCCCCUUAAAUGUACUUGAAACAAGUCGACCAAUCAGUAUGGCAACAUCUUUUUGUUGGCCAAAAUGUUUGCGGAAAGUUUCUACUACAUCUUCUACUGGUACAAAUGAAUCUUUAUCUUCAAUGUAAUGCUGAUGCAACCUGCAUGUUAAAAAUUAUGAGGUUACUUAUUUAUGUAAAAUAGUUUGAAAAUAAUUGUACUUGUGUCAAAAACUAGUUGUAUAGUUGUAUAUGGAAAAAUUAAAGGUGUUCACGCAU